CGAGUGAUUAUCUGAUGUUUUGAUUGGAGGAGAUUUCUGUUCUCAAUUAAAACACGAUUUGUUUGCGGAUCUUUUGUAAGGGUUAAAAAGGUCUUGAAUGAUGAUGGCGACGAAGGAGGCUGAAACAUGGAUAUUUUGGGACAUAAGUUCUUGUCCGGUUUCCUCCUCAGAUGUUGCUAGUCGAGUUGGCCCGUGUAUGAAACGAGCGUUGAAGAAUUUAGGCUACUCCGGUGGUAUCACCAUCACUGCAAUUGGCAUACUAACAGAGAUCGAUACCGACGUCCUUCGAGCUGUCUAUUCCUCUGGAGUCGCUCUUACUCACGUCAGUUCCGAACGCUUAGGGAUUACUCUUGAACUGAUGUGGUGGAUAAAAGAACAUCCAAUUCCUGCUAAUUUCAUGCUCAUAUCCGGUGAUGAGAUCUUCCGUCGGAAUCAUAGGUUCUUCGAAGAGGCAGGACACACUGUUAUUCAGAAAUUUCCAUUUGAUCAACAAGACGUAGACUCCACUCCUGUACCGUCCCCCGUCUGGGAAAACUAUCUGGAAAGCUUAAGGCCAGAUGCAAUUGAGUCAGGGGUACUUGAGAAGGAGCCGGGUUUGGUUUGCGGACAAUGUUGUCUUCCUGACCAACAAGGCUUUGAAAAUUUCAUCAAGCAUCUCAAAACUCAUGUUUAUGUUUCCCCUGAAUCAUCUCCUCGGAUGAUGAAAAGGAAGCAACCAGAGGCAAGUUUUAAUAUCUUAAGAAUUUGAGCGUUCUAAUUCUCAUAAAUAAACAUUUUUGUAUCUCUUUGGGGAGACUCCUAAUGUGAAAUAGAAUGCAUUAUUUUGA